GCGCCUGGAGCACGUGGCCGAAAAAGCUACGAGAUACAGCAGGCAGCGACUCUCCCGAUUGGGUUUGCCUUCGGGGCCCCUCCCGGAGCUCCUGCCUUCGGCCCCGGCGGACGGCGAGUCCCAAGCCGAACUUGGAGGGGCAGCAGAGAAAGAGGAGAAGCCACCAGAUCUUGCAGAAACGAGGAGGCCGCAACAAAGAACCGAGCCAAAGGAUGCUUUCGGCAAAGCACGACCCAAAGGAGGCAACAGGACGUAUGGACAAGAAGGACAGCGCUUCCGUCAGCGAGGAUAUUCCGGCGAUCGAGUCCUUGAUGACGGCGUCGAUGCAAGUCCUGUUGCCGAAAUUCCUCGACGCAAAACAAGUCGAGCGAUCGAAUGAAAGCAUGGGUGUCGACACAUUACUCGUCGAUGAUGGCACCUAUUUCCUGGUCUAUAUUGAUGACACGUUAGCAGGUUGUGGAGGCUGGUCACGGCGGCGCACGCUGUAUGGUAGCAAUCACACCCGUGGACGCGAUGAUGCUUUGGCCGAUCCAGCGACCGAGCCGGCCAAGAUUCGCGCCAUGUUCACCCAUCCCGAUUAUACCCGGCGAGGGAUUGGGCGCUGCCUCUUGGAAGCCGGUGAAGGCGCUGCUCGGGCCGAAGGCUUCAAGACGAUGGAGAUGGGCUCCACUGCGGCCGGUCGACCGCUCUAUGAAGCUUGCGGCUAUGAGUUUAUCGAAGACCUGUCGCAACCGAGUGAUGACGGCACCGUGGUGCCCGUCCUGCGCUUGCGCAAAACCCUCAUCUAG